UUCCGUCGCCGUUGCUCUCCGGGACAACAAUGGCGGAGCGGGAGAAGCGCAGGUCCGGAGUCGCACCGGGGAUGUCCGACACCAAAACGAGCAAAUCAGACGGCGAGAGGGAGUUCCUGUCGCAGAUGGGAGUGGGAGAGCUGCUCCGCGGGGCGAUCCUCAAGAUGGUUGAGGCCAGAUCAGACGACCCCAUCGGGUUUCUGGCCGACCACUUCUGCAACCUGGCCUCCGUCUCUGAGACCGGCACAGCUGGGUGCAGUGAUGGAGAGCAGAUGAACAACGGUCCGCUGAUCGCCUGCGCGCAGGAGCAGCAGCAUCUCAACCGGGCGCUGUGGCACCUGCGGCUGGCGCACCACUCACAAAGAUCUGCCUUCAGCAAUAACGUGUGUGUGGCCUAUGACCUCCUGAGCCAAACCUGGCACCAGAGACACCCCAGUGUGGCUCCUGAAGGGCCUGAGGGCUCCAGCACCAACAGCCCCAGUGGAGGUGGGGUAAGGGGGGGCCUUUACACACAGACACUUGAGUGCUUGUGCAGUGAGGGUGGGGUUCCUGCCUCCACUUCUGCUCCCCUCCUCCGCCGCCUCCACUGCCAGGACCAUGAGGCUGUCCCCUAUGAUGUCUUCCGGCACGGUGUGCUCACAUGUGCUGUGUUCUCAGACUACAUCCGGCAGGCUCAGAAGCUUUAUGCCGAGGUGUGCUGCCCAGCAGAGGAACCUGCAUCGCGGGCGCUGUGCCAGGCCGUGCUGGGGACCCUCCGCGAGGCCCUGGAAACGUCCAAGAGCUGUGAUGCAAACUGUUGUGUUAAUGCCAAUGCCAAAGCCAAUCCCUGUUUGGAGGCUAACUUGAAGGCUAUUCGUUACCUGGAGGCCAGCGCCAAGAUCUCUCCCUGCAAACUGGCUCAGGCCAUGGCCGGAGCGCAGACAGGAGGGCCAGGUGGGAAUAUGGAUGCAAAGGAGUUUGAGAAUGCAGCGGCAGAGCUCUUCAUCACCCGAGUCAAAGUUUUGACCUAGCUGUCUACUCUGUAUUCCCAUAUUUAAUGAUGAUGUACAGCAGUCUAUAUAGCCUCAAGUAAACAGGUGCUCUGUGAAUCCAAGUAUGAAAGUUGUCAUAAAUGUAUUUUUAAAAAUAAUUAACUCAAUGUACAAACACAGUAAGGCAACAAAGAAUACUAAUGUCCAAGUUAUAAAUAAUAUUCUGAAAGUGUUGUGGUUUAUUUAAAGGUCCUAUAUCAUACAAAACUGUUUGUUUCUUGCCCUUCCAUGUGGAAAGCAUUCACUAUUGCCCUCAGUAAUUAAUGGCAACUCCCACUCACCACACCUCAUUUUCUAGUUUUUCCUGUAACCAUCCAGUGAAACAGCCAAUCAGAGCAGUCAUUCAGAAAUAUUACGAAGGCUCACAGAAAACCUGUUCUUUACAAUGCAGAAACCGACACGCACAUAGUAAAAUUUAGAUAUACCAGUUUAUUCCCAACGUUUGUAAAGACUACAACGGUGUUAACGUGUUUAAAAGGGGAGCAGCACUGAAUUCUGCAGUUUUGAAACAGACUGUGCAUCACAUUUACAGAUUGGUCCUCUGUAAAUCACUGAAUAUUUACUACUGCUAGUAGCUUUUGAGGAUACUGAGGCAUUUUCUUCAAAAAAAUUCUGUGGCUUGGGGGAAGUGGGUGUUGUAGCCUAUACUGUGAUCCCUUAUGCAAUAUAUUUUUCCUGCAGCUCAGCUACUUUUGCCUUAAUCAUGCUCUCACCUGCAGAUAGUGUCAAAUGCCAAAUUUAAAACACACAACACUGAGUGACCACAUCUCUCCAGACUUAUUCUGACAGCAUUUGUUUUCAGCAGAAUUUAGAACUGACUUUAAAAACAGUCUUAUUUAGAAAAAUUAAUUUCACCCCACUCUACUUUUUUGGUUCGAUGUAUUUGCAAAGUUGUUAAUUCUAUAAAUUUUGUUUGUAAUCAUCUCCUUUUUAAUUUUCUGGUGAUAAACAAGUGAUUGUGAUGACAGCCAAUUAGGGCGACAAAAACCUCAGUAGUCUAUGAUGCAGGCCCCUCUGUAUGUCUUGCGUAUCCUGCAAUAACAGGCCUACAUUCAAAUUCAGGCAUCAGAAUUAAAACAAAGGCACAAAAUAAUGCAAUAUAUGAAAGAUGUUUCUAUUUCCUGAGCAAAACCCCUCUUCUUCAAGCCGUUAAACUCUAUUAAAACUGA